AAGACACAAAACCUCCUUGUAAAGAUACUCUUUGCUCAGUAGCGGUAGCCAGUAGUGCUCAAACCUCCUUACAGAGCACGCGUAAUGGCUGGAAUAAAAACUAUUUUCGUGUUGUCUCUGGUCGCGCUUUGCCAUGGUCAAGCUAGAGGGCCGCAGUACUCCGUGCCUCCCGCCAAGCUUGAGGCCAUUGCCCCCACUGGCUGGUUAAAAGUCACUCUGCCAGACGACGGCUUCUCCCUCUUCGCCUUCCAUGGCAAGCUCAACGAGGAGAUGGACGGCCUCGAAGCCGGCCACUGGGCCCGGGACAUCACCAAGCCGAAGGACGGAGUGUGGACCUUCAGGGACAAAGCUGCCAGGCUGAAGGUCGGGGACAAGGUGUACUUCUGGACCUUUGUUAUUAAGGAUGGACUGGGGUAUCGACAGGAUGAUGGCGAGUGGACUGUUACAGAGUUCGUAGACGAGCAAGGCAACCCUCAAGAGCCGGGUCCUCAAGCCUCCACCUCGGGCCCGACACAACGACCCACGCCUGCCCCCACCAGACCCCCUACCAAGAAGCCAGACCCACCGUGCAAACCCUCAGAGACCGUGGUACAGGGUGUUACGACAGUUUGCAAGGGCGCUCUGGUAUUCAAUGAGGAGUUUGACAAGUCCAAUGUGAAAGAUUUGGACAACUGGAGCCCUGAAGUCAAGUUUCCUGAAGAGCCUGAUUAUCCCUUCAACCUGUACACCUCAACCAAGACCCUGACAAUUGAGGACGGAGAUCUCAACAUCAACCCUCUACUACUGGAGAACCAGUACCACGAAGGAAUGGUGUAUGAGGAGCUGGACUUAACCAACACAUGCACUGGACAAGUAGGCACCACCGAGUGCCAGCGCAAAGCCAUCGGAGCAAACAUACUGCCUCCCGUCAUGACCGGCAAAGUAACAACUAAGCAUAAAUUCAACUUCAAAUACGGAAGAGUCGAAGUUCGAGCGAAAUUACCAGCUGGAAAUUGGCUACUUCCAGAAAUAAACCUGGAACCUCGAGACAAUAUCUACGGGGUCAACCGGUACGCCUCAGGGCUUAUGCGUGUGGCCUUCGUCCGAGGGAACCCUAGUUUCUCCAAGAAGCUCAGUGCGGGGCCGGUUCUGUCUGAUGCGGAACCCUUCAGGUCUGCCCUGUUGAAGGAGAAGAUCGGCAUCGACAACUGGAACAAGGGCUACCACAAUUACACGAUGAUUUGGAAGCCUGACGGCGUCUCCAUGCAAGUCGACGGUCUGCCCUUCGGCACCGUGACCCCAGGCGAGGGGUUCUACCACGCGGGGCGAGAGCACGCCGUGCCACACGCCUCGCUGUGGCACAAGGGGUCGGUCAUGGCACCCUUGGAUGAACUGUUUUACAUCAGCCUUGGAGUCCGAGUGGGUGGUGUCCACGACUUUCCAGACAGCAAGGACAAGCCCUGGAAGAACCGUGGCAACAAGGCGGUCUUCAACUUCUGGGAGGCCAAAGAUACCUGGUUUUCCACCUGGUAUGACAGCAGCAUGAAAGUAGACUAUGUCAGGGUCUACGCUCUGUAAAUAGACUGAAGAAAAAUACUCAAAUAAGAUUUAAUAUGGUGAUUUUAAUGUAUUUUUUUUAUUGAGGAGACUGUGAUUUAAUUUAAUAAAUAAGUUUUAUACC